CUUUCUAGAGAACAAAACUCGACUCAGCGGUGAGCCGGUGACUCAACACUUCGAUGCUCUUUUUUUUGUCCAGCGAAGAAAGAAAAAAAAGAGAAGAAUUAGAUGAAAAAAAGCUAAAGACGUUCGGAUCAUCGAAAGUCUAGGGAUUUGGCGCCGGUGGUCGGGCUUGGAAGAUGGCACGUCCGGUCACUCCAGGUACUAGUAGAGCGUUGUCGAUAACGCCGGGGUCUAGGGUUUUGAAGAGUCCUCUUAGUGAUGAAACGAUCUGGAAGCGGCUCAAGGAAGCUGGAUUCGACGAGGAAUCGAUCAAGAAGAGAGAUAAAGCUGCUCUCAUUGCGUAUAUUGCAAGGCUUGAAACUGAGCUCUUUGACCACCAACACCACAUGGGCCUUCUUAUAUUGGAAAGAAAGGAGUUGGCUUCCAAGUAUGAUCAAAUUAAAUCCUCUGCUGAAGCAACUGAGAUAAUGCACAAACGUGAUCAAGCUGCACAUAUAUGUGCUCUUGCAGAAGCAAAAAAGCGAGAGGAUGGUUUGAAGAAAGCUUUAGGAGUUGAGAAAGAAUGCAUCGCUAGUAUUGAGAAAGCUUUGCAUGAGAUGCGUGCUGAAUCUGCUGAAACUAAGGUUGCAGCUGAAAGUAGAUUAGCUGAAGCACGUAUUAUGAUAGAGGAUGCUCAGAAGAAGUUUGUAGAGGCUGAGGCAAAAUUUAAUGCUGCAAAGUCUUUACAAGCAGAAGUUAGCCUAUUUCAACGCACUGCUGAGAGAAAGCUCCAAGAAGUUGAAGCACGUGAAGAUGAUCUUGGUCGUCGUAUUUUGUUGUUCAAAAAGGAUUGUGAUGCAAAAGAGAAAGAGAUCGUUCUUGAACGGCAAUCGCUGAGUGAGAGGCAGAAGAUUGUACAGCAAGAACAUGAAAGACUACUUGAUGGGCAAGCUUCCUUAAAUCAGAGAGAGGAGUAUAUUUUUAGUAGAACUCAAGAACUAAAUCAACUUGAGAAGGAGUUGGAGGCUUCAAGAGCAGAUAUUGAAAAGGAAUGUAGGGCUUUGAAGGAUGAGAAAUGUAACCUUGAGUUGAGUUUAGCUUCUCUGUCAAAAAGAGAGGAGGCUGUUAUUGAAAGAGAAGCUUUGCUUAGCAAGAAAGAGGAACAGCUUCUUGUUUCUAAACAGAAACUUGCAAACAAGGAAUCUGAUGAAAUUCGCAAAGCCAUUGCUAGUCAUGAAACUGUAUUGAGAAUCAGAAAAUCUGAGUUUGAGGCUGAGCUUGAGAUCAAGCGUAAAAUGACAGAAGAUGAGAUUGAAAUGAAGAGACGGACAUGGGAGCUGAAGGAGAUGGAUAUCAAUUAUCGGGAGGACCAAAUUCGUGAAAGGGAGCAUGAUUUUGAGAUUCGAUCAAGGAUGUUAGCGGAGAAGGACAAGGAUGUGGCUGAGAAGUCAAAUCUCAUAGAUGAGAGAGAAAAAAAUGUGAGUGUUCUUGAAAGGGAACUUGAGUUGAAGAAAGCUCUUCUAGAAAAAGAAAAGGAAGAGAUAAGUAAAAAGAAACUAGAGCUUCUGAAGUCGUUGUCUUCAUUGGAAGAUAAAAGAAACCAAGUUGAUUGUGCAAAGGAGAAACUAGAAGCCAUGAGAACUGAGACGCAUGAAUUAUCAACUUUGGAAUUAAAACUGAAGGAGGAACUUGACUUGGUUAGGGUUCAAAAAUUGGAGCUUAUGGCUGAUGCAGAUAGGUUAAAAGUAGAGAAAGCAAACUUUGAAAAUGAGUGGGAGUUGAUUGAUGAAAAAGGAGAAGAGUUGACGAAGGAAGCAGUGCGUGUUCGUGAUGAGAGAGAAGCAGUUUCAAAGUUUCUCAAGGAUGAACGUGAAAGCUUGAGAAGAGAGCGUGAUGUGAUGCGAGAGCAGCAUAAGAAGGAUGUUGAGUCAUUGAAUCGUGAGAGAGAAGACUUCAUGAACAAGAUGGUUCUUGAGCAUUCUGAUUGGUUGAACAAGAUUCAACAAGAGCGUGCUGAAUUCUUGUUGGGAAUUGAAACCCAAAAGAGGGAAUUGGAGAACUGUAUUGAGAAAAGGCGUGAGGAAUUAGAAGGUUCUUUGAAGGAAAGAGAGGAAGCUUUUGAGCGAGAAAAGAAAAAUGAACUUCAGCAUAUUAAUGCUCUCAAGGAGAGAGCGGAGAAAGAGAUGGAACAAGCUACUUUGGAAAUGAAAAGGCUUGAUGCUGAGAGACUGGAGAUCAAGUUGGAUCGUGAGCAAAGGGAAAGGGAAUGGGCGGAGUUGAACAAGUCUAUUGAAGAGCUUAAGGUGCAAAGGCACAAAUUGAAACAACAGAGGGAACUAUUGCAUGCUGAUAGAAAAGAGAUACAAGCUGAGAUUGAAGAGCUCAAAAAGUUGGGGGACUUGAAAGCUGCCUUGGAUAAUAUGAUGGUGGCUCAAAUGCAACAAUCAAUUAUAGAGCUUAGCCAGCAGAAAGCAUCUGAAAGAAAGAAUCUGAAACAGCAAACUCUCAUGCAAAAUGCUGGAUCUGAUUCAGAUAAAAAUAUGGUUGUUGCUGACAAUGGCCAUGGAUUCAACUCUCCAAUGUUAAAACCAACUGGUGCUUCUCCUCCUAGCUCUGCUCGUUUCUCAUGGAUCAAGCGCUGCAGUGAAUUGAUAUUCAAACACACCCCUGACAAGGCCCAAAUGAAGCCUGAAGAAGGCUCUUUGACAUCUGACACUGAAAAUGUGUGUGUGACAUCAGCUGGAAAGUUAGUUUCAAGUGAUGGCCAAAAAUACAAGCGGUAUGGGAGAAAGCCUGUGGGGUUUGAUGGAGAACCGAAAGUGAUAGUGGAAGUGCCCUGUGAAGGUGAGGUGGUAAAAGGAAUCCAUGAUUUGGAAUCUGAAAUUGAGAAAAAUGAUGCUGAAAAGUCAUUAUUAGUUUCUGAACAAGGCAAUCAACCUGGAAAGAAAAGAAGAGUUGCCAACUCACCUUCACGCAGUACUAAGAAAAGGAGGCAAAAGAAAGAUGCUUCAUCAGUUGAAGAAGAGGAUAUUACCAACAGCCUAAACUCAACUGAACCAAAUGCAUCACAGGAUCAGCCUGCAUUAACGGACAAUCAGAGUCAUGGAGGGGCUGAUGAGACCAAUGUGCUGAUUAUUGAUAAAAUAAUUAAAAUUUCAGAAGUUACCUAUGAGAAAAAGACUGUUGGUGAUGAUGAUAUUGUAGCAGAAUCAGUGCAGGAUAUUUCUCAAAGUGGAGUAAUGUGUAGUCAUGAAAAUGCUACACAAGGAGAGAAUGGGGGAUCUGAGGAACCGGGAAUGGUGCAAGAAGCACAUUUGGGGGACUUGUCUCAAGUUAUCGAGCCCUGUCAGCCAAUGGAAGACAUUUCAGAGAGAAGCGAACAGAAGCUUGAAGAAAAUGUUGCUCCCAAACCAGAUGACAAUGAGAAAAUUGGAAUGAGGACGAGGUCAAUGCAGAAGUUGUAGAAUUGUAGUUGUUUUUUGAGCUGCUACAGUUAAUUGGCAGCAAAUUUUAACCAUGUUGCACAAAGGGUAGCAUAAGUGACUAGUAUAUACUUGGAAGGGGUCGACUUAUCUUGCAGGAACUAAUCAUGCGAAUGUGUUUAACUAACUCGGAACUUGUUUGAAACUUGUAAAUGCUUCUUUAUUCUGUUGUUCAUGCGUGGGUAUGUUUAGUGGUUGGUUUCUGAUAUUCCUUGUUAGUUUCGAUAGGGUGGUGUGAUAGCUUCUGGAAGGUGGGAGUGUCUUGUGUUGGUUUAUGGCUUGUAUGAUGAGAAAACCGGUUAGAUUUUGCCUAGGUAUUUUAAAAGCCUAUAGCGUGGUGUGGUGUUGGAAAUUGGUUUGGACGACUUGAUGCCUUUCUUACCUCCUAAUAAACUUGAAUGAUAUAGCAAAUUGAGAAAA